AUGAGGAAAUACUAUGCCUUGGAGAGAAACACUGAUUUUAAGAACCUCGAGUUUUCGGUGGAGUUUCCAUCUCGCCACAGCCCCGCUCUCCGGGAAGGAGCCCCCGGGCUCGGCCCGCACGGCGGCACCGCAGCCGGGGCGCGCGGCCGCGCUCAUCCGGGCACCGGGCGGCGCGUGCCCCCGCCCCGCCGCUGGCGGGCACCUGCGGAGCCGUGCGGGACCGGGAGCGCGGUGCGGGGACUCACCGAAGUCCAGGAACUGCUUCAUGGAGAGCGGCGAGGGGGAGAAGCGCGAGUAGAAGUCCACCUGCUGCGGAAUGCUGCCCGCGGAGGCGCUGCCCGCGGAGGCGCCGCGCAGCAGGGCGCGCAGCAGCCUCAUGGCGCGGCUCUCGGCCUCCUCCAGCUCGGCUCGGCUCAGCCCGGCCCGGCCGCCAUGGCCCGCCCCGCCAGCUCCCCCGGCCCCUGCGCAGGCCGCGGCCUCCCGCGCCGAGGCGGUGCCCGAGGGGUGGGUGUCUCCCCGGCCCGGCCCCGCGCGGGGCGGGGGCGCGCGGAGCCGCUGGGGCCUGGGCGGCCGCUCCUGAGGCGGCGGCCGCUGCGCUGUCCCCUGGGCUGUCGCAGGGAGAAGCUGUCCGGCUUGCCGGAGGAGCCCAGCCCCGGACAGACUAAGAAAAAAAAAAAUGAAGUUGCCAGUAUCACACCUUGGCUGCGGAUUAUGGCUGAUGUUUGCGGCAGUGUCUCAAGGUCUGGAAAUUUCUUGGCUGCAACAGCAAACAGUGGUCUAGCAUGUAUCCUCCUAACCCUUCAGGCUUUGUUGCAUGAAAAGGUCCUUCCUUUCAGCAAAGGUAUUCCAGAGAAUUCAGUAGUCUUGACGUGGAUCAGCAUAGAUCCCCAUAAUAAAGGAACUCCUUAUUGAAGCUGGAAAGCUGUUGCCAGAGAACUCUCUUCCUGCA